CAGAAGAAUAUUAGACUUCACCUUGGAGAUCAUCUCCCUGCUGAGCGGAGAGGAUUACACCAUAGUGAAGAAGAAAUCGGUGGUGACUCCCAUCAUCCAUGAGUCAGGAGGGUGGAGCAGGACCCCCAUCACAGAGCCUCCCCCCCUGAUACAUGAGCAGAAGAUCCUAGAGCUCACCCACAAGAUGAUGGAGCUGCUGACUGGAGAGGUUCCUGUAAGGUGUCAGGAUGUGGCGGUCUAUUUCUCCAUGGAGGAGUGGGAGUAUGUAGAAGGACACCAGGAUCUGUACAAGGAGGCCAUGAUGGAGGCUCCCCAGCCUCUGACAUCACCAGAAAAUCCCAGUAAGAACUCUGAGGGAAACUUCAUCUUAUCGCUAAAUUAUGAAGGAGAAGAUGAAGAUAUCGGGCAUGGCUCUUCAGGAGAAAACCUCAUUACCUGUAAUGUCCAUCCAGGACUUCACAGAACAGAUCUGUCAUAUAAUGCUCCUAAUCAUAAGGAACCUUCUCAUGACCAAUCACAGAUUGCUAUCACAAGUACCGGCCCAGAAGAAGUUACAAGUUUUCAGUGUGAGGAAUGUGGAAAAAAGUUCAAAAACAUCUCAGCUCUAAAUGGACACAAAAGAAUUCACGCAGUAGAGACGUCGUAUUCAUGUUCAGAAUGCGGCAAAUGUUUUACAAAAAAGUCAAUACUUGUUAGACAUCAGAGAAUUCACACAGAGAAAAUAUUUUCAUGUUCAGAAUGCGAAAAAUGUUUUCCAAAAAAGUCACUACUUGCUAAACAUCAGACAGUUCACACAGGAGAGAAGUCGUAUUCAUGUUCAGAAUGUAGGAUAUGUUUUACAGAUGAACCAAAUUUUGUUAGACAUCAGAGAAGUCACACAAAAGAGAGACCAUAUUCAUGUUCAGAAUGCGGCAAAUGUUUUACACAAAAGAUAUAUCUUGUUACACAUCAGAGAAUUCACACAGGGGAGAAACCAGUUUCACUUUCCGAAGGUGGGAAUUGUUUUAUAAAUAAAUCAGAUCUUGCUGAACAUCAUAAAUCUCACACAGGAGAGAAGCUAUAUGUAUGUUCAGAGUGUGGGAAAGGUUUUACACAAAAGUCAUAUCUUGUUUCUCAUGAGAAAUAUCACACAGGGGAGAAGCCAUUUUUAUGUUCAGAAUGUGGCAAAUGUUUUAUCACUAAAGAAAACCUCAAGAUUCACCAGGGAAGUCACACAGGAGAGAAACCGUAUUCAUGUUCAGAAUGUGGAAAGUGUUUUAUCAGAGAAGCACAUGUUGUUUCACAUCAGAGAAUUCACAAAGGAGAGAAACCGUAUUCAUGUACUGAAUGUGGGAUACGUUUUACUACUGAAGAGAACCUCAAAGUUCAUCAGAAAAUGCACACAGAAGAAAAAACAUUUAUAUGCUCCAAAUGUGGUGACUGUUUUACACAAAAGUGUAGUCUUGUUGCACAUGAGAAAGUUCACACAGGAGAGACGACAUUUUGAUUUUCUUCAUGUGAAAAAGAAAAUCAGAAUUUGAAACUCAUCAGAGAAUUCACACAUAGAAGAAACGAAAUUCUUGUUUGGAAUGUGGGAAGUGUUUACAUGCAUUAAACAGCCUAUAUGAGAGUAUAUUUUUCUGUGGAAUUACCCUGGGUCUGCCAAAGAGCCAAAUUAUAUUUCCUGAGGUCAACAGUGACCAGGAUCCAUGGAGGAAAAGUAUUGUGGAUAUGAGGAAAAAGAAGAAGAGCGUUGUUUACUGUCAGAGCUGUGAAGAUGAUUGUCCCCAUGGACCUUGCUUCUUACCGUAUUCAUACCUCCGCCAGCACUGCAGGAGAAUCCAGGGGGACACAGUGAGAAACGGAAGGACACCUCCUGUAGACUUUUAUGUAACCUAUGUGGACAUAUGGAAUGGGUAUUUGCUCUUCAUUAAUACAAUAUAUCAAGAUAAAGGUGAUGGGGAAAUAACUAA